GUGGAGAGACUUGUUUUGGGCCCAGUCUGGUUUGGACUGCUCAGCCAAAGCACUUUAAAUCUGUGCAGUUUCUCUCAUGUUUAAUUAUUGAAGGCGGUGUGUCCUUACUUCCGCUUCGGCUCUGAAGGCGGGGGUGUGUUCCUUCCGGCAGCUGCUCGCUCCCCACCCUGUGUUGUUGUUUUUAAUAGCAGCCUCUCACCGUGGCUCGUGCAGCUAUCGUCCCGUGAUUUCGGUGCCGCCGCCCGACGGUUGGCUCGCCGCGCGCAUGCAGCAGAAUGGCUCGAGCGGUUCCAACGGUUCCAACGGUUCUUCUGAGGGCGGCGGUGGCAGGGAGCGGCAGGAGCGGCAGCAGGCUCUGUCCUUCAGCCCGCUGCCUGCCGCAACGACACGGGUGAGGCGCUUCAUCCAGGAGAGACGGACGUUGCCUCUACCCAGGGUGAUGGUGGUUUUCUCGGCCGCGGGGGACAUCGAGAAACCGGGUGAUGCCAUGUCCAGCUCGGACUCCACUACGGCUGCCGAGGAUGAGUUCCGAAAACCGGCCUCCCCGACGCGGAGCUUUGCCCUCAGCAAGACGCUCCGCUCCUCGCUCAACACACCGGAGCAGGAGUUUCCAGAGGUCAUCUCUCUGAAUGUUGGGGGCACGUACUUCACCACCCGCCUGUCCACGCUGCGGCGAUACGAGGACACCAUGUUGGCCGCUAUGUUCAGCGGGCGCCACUACAUCCCACGUGAUGCUGAGGGACGCUACUUCAUCGAUCGGGAUGGAACAUAUUUUGGGGACAUCUUGAACUUCCUGCGAGAGGGGGAGCUUCCUCACAGGGACAGGGUGCGGGCAGUGCACAGAGAGGCGCAGUACUACGCCCUCGGCCCGCUGCUCGACAGCCUGGAGGACACGCAGCCGCUCACAGGGGAGAAAGUUAGGCAAGCCUUCCUCGACCUAAUGCCCUACUACAGAGACAAUCUGGAGCGUAUAGUGGAGAUUGCCAAACUGAGGGCCAUGCAGAAGAAAGCCCGUUUUGCCAAGCUGAAAAUCUGCGUCUACAAGGAGGAGAUGCCCAUCACGCCGUACGAGCGGCCUCUUUUUAACUCUCUGCGCUUCGAGCGCUCGGACAGCGAGGCCAAGCUUUUCGAGCAUCACUGCGAGGUGGACGUUUCCUUCGGGCCCUGGGAGGCCGUGGCGGACGUUUACGACCUGCUGCACUGCAUCGUCAGCGAUCUGGCCGAGCGCGGCAUCACCGCCGAGCAGCAGUGCAUCGGCGUCUGCGACAAGCACCUAAUCAACCACUACUACUGCAAGAGGCCCAUCUACGAGUUCAAGAUCACGUGGUGGUGAGGCCGCAGGGAACCCGGCGGGGCUGAAGGGACCAAAAUGCAAAAGGGUGGAUGUUCGAUUUUUACUAUAACUCGGCCGAUAUUGGUUUUUGUAUCGAAGUCGCCAAUAUUUUGUGCUGAUAUCUUAAAAUGUGACCCUUUAAAACCAACAUGUAAGUAUUCUGCGCUCCCCAAAAAUAUUCUAAUUUAUUAUUUAUCAAAGUGAAGAAAGCAAACCAUGUCAUUUGCGAUUUAUGAAGUACACAUAGCCGUUACUAAUGUAGUCUAUACAGCGAUCUGAUGCUCUAGAUCCUCAAUCUAGAGUUAUUCCAAGACUGCAUUAGUUUUAUUUGUUUUGAUAUUGCCAAUAUUUUGUGCUGAUAUCUUAAAAUGUGGACCCUUAAAUUCAUGGUUUAACACCUUAGUGUUUUACAUUUCCGCCACCUAUUUGGAUUUUGUUUUUAAUCCGAGUGAAGAACACAGAUCUCACUCCGUUGCCACUUUAUUAAGUAGUUAAACUAAUGCUGUCUAAUAAAGAAAUCCUGCAGUAAACCCCCCCACCCCCACCCAAAAUGAAACUAUAAUCUGUAAGGCGGAUGAAUUGAAGGAGUACUCCAUCAGGUGGGGUCACACGUGUAAAACAAUGUGACCACACUAAACUUCCCUGGCUUUGCCCUCAGAUAAUGUGUCCUCUAUUCACGGUUCCAGAUCAAAAUGACCUUGUAGUAAAUAUUGAACGUUGUAAGUAGGUAAAGUCUGAAGUCAGAUCUGUAUUUUGUAGGACUAAGUUAUGCAGAUGAACUUUGAGCCUGUUCCUUUUUUGGAUAAACAGAGUAUAUUUUAAUUAUGCAACCUCCUGAGGAGCGUGUUUUUAAAGAUGUGAGAACGGUUGUGUGGUAUCCAUUUUAUCAGUCUUCACAUUUGACUCUUAAUUUAAAUAAUUACAGGUAGCCGAAGUUGUUUACACAUUCUUUCAUUGAUGCUUAGUUAGAACAUGUAUAUUUAUUAUUGUCACCGUCACAAAGAUAAUUAAUAUUUAAUGUCAACUUUCAUUCCACAUUUUCUGUCACCACAUCGAGACCCACCGAAGCGUUGAAAUAGUCCGAGCUAAGUUAAAUGUUCCUACUGUACUUGAUGAUGAAGCACCUUGUGAUUGUAUCCAAUAUAUUGUUUCCUUUUUUACCUCAAGUGAGAGCAUCCGUCCAACAGCGAUAGAGAGCAGCAGCCGACAUCAGUCCUUUAAAUAGCUUAUUUUGUUGGUAUUUUCACAAAUGAAUGCAGAAGUGAUGCAACACAACUAAUCUGGGUUUACACUUUCAUGUAUUGCAAUUGUUUUAACUGUUAUUUAUCUGUUUCUGUUAGCUUCUAGGAAGCCAUAGUUCUACAGUAUUAUUUGAGGUUUAUUUGUUUGCAGUGAAAAAAGAGAAAUGUCAUUUUUAUUAUUUAUGGAGAAAGUAAAAAACACCUGAUGAAUGCUCUG